AUGCAUCUUCCUGUGCUUUUAGCAAACAAGGUAACCGUUGCCUUUCCGCUUCCCUCUCUCUCCUCGCACAAAGCACGCAGCAUUAAUCACAGGUUUUACGGCUAUCACCACUACCACCGUCCGCCGUGGAAGUGGCCGCCGUUCAACUACCACCGGCCAGUGGUACCCAAGAUACCCACAGUACCUAUCCCAAAGGCACCAUCGGUGCCACAAGUGAUACCCACGCCACUCACGCCACCCAUGCUACCCACGCCACCCACUCCACCCCCAACGCCUGCACUGCCGGUCAGUACCCCUAGCGGCACCACCUCCCCGGCAAUCUCUCCCCGUACUGUCCCAGAAUCAGUACUGCCCUCCAUUAACCAAAACCAUUCAGUUCUAUUGCAGUAUACUCUUUUCUCUCCCUCUGCACGAACAGAGGUCUGCAAGAGCCGUCCACUGGACCUUGUCUUCAUCAUCGACAGCUCCCGCAGUGUGCGUCCUGCUGAGUUUGAGAAGGUCAAGACCUUUCUCGCAGACAUGGUGGAUACGCUGGAGAUUGGCAUAGAUGCCACUCGUGUUGCUUUGGUGAACUAUGCCAGCACAGUCAACAUUGAGUUCCUCCUGAAUACCUACUCCAGUAAAGCUGAGAUCAAGCAGGCCUUUUCAAGGAUUGAUCCACUCUCAUCUGGCACCAUGACUGGCCUGGCCAUCAAAACUGCCAUGGAGAAAGCUUUCACCGAGGAGUCAGGUGCCCGGCCACGUUCCAAGAACAUUUCCAAGGUCUCCAUUAUCGUCACGGAUGGUCGGCCCCAGGAUAAGGUAGAGGAGGUGUCUGCAGCAGCUCGAGCCUCUGGGAUUGAAAUCUAUGCUGUGGGCGUAGACCGAGCGGACAUGGCAUCUUUGCGCUUGAUGGCAAGCCAGCCACUGGAUGAGCAUGUGUUUUAUGUGGAGACAUAUGGUGUCAUAGAGAAGCUCACAUCCAAAUUUCGGGAGACACUCUGUGGCUUAGAUGCCUGUGCCCUUGGUCAUGACUGCCAGCACAUAUGCGUGAACAGCAAUCCAUCCUACUACUGCAAAUGCCAAGAGGGAUACGUCUUGAACCCAGACAAGAAAACUUGCUCACUCAAGGAGGAAGCACGGGCAGAGGUGACUCAGGACCCAUGCAUGUGUGAGGCCCAAAUUGCAUUCCAGAAGAGGGUACAAAGUUCCAUCCAGGAACUCACUGGCAAACUAGAUGACAUCACAAGGAGAGUUCAGCAGUUGGACUUGCAGCGAUUCUAG